CUCUUUCAUUCCUUUUUUCUUCAAUCUCUCUCUUCUUCUUCUUCUACCAAAUAGUCAUGGCCGAUGAUGCUCCACAACAGCAGCAGCAGCAGCAGCAACUCCCAACAUCGUCGGCCGAAUCGGAUUCCUUGCAGUACUGGUGCCAUCACUGCGACAAGCGCGUCUCCAUCGAAACCCUAACCGAUAUUUCCGAUGUCAUCUGUCACGAAUGCAAGGGCGGUUUCGUUGAAUUAAUCGCCUACUCCGAAGAACAAUUUUCUAUUCCCGAUCAGAUGGACCCUACUUCCUUGACUAAUCCCUUUUUUCAGGUUCUCCGUCUCAUGGCUCAAGCUACUCGCGAGGACAACCCGCCGCCGCACUCCGAUCCGGCAGAUCCUUCCGAUGACGAUUAUCUUCGAAUCGAGAUGGAAGGAUGGGACAACGACGGUGACGACGACGACGAGGUUGAGGUGCGUUACGAAGAUGAUGAUGAAGAAGAAGAAGAAGAAGACGGAUCUGAGGACGACGAUAACGUUAAUCGUGGAGGAGGUCGAGAGGAUGAGGAGGAGAAUCGCAGGAGACAACAGAGAGACGUGCUUCGUCUCCGUCUCCGCGAUUUCGCCACACGCUCCGAAAGCCGGCGAAACAGGAUACUCGAUUGGGCGGAGAUUGUUAUGGGGAUCGAGGAUAACUCCAUUCAGCUGCGAUUGCAGGUUCCCGAGGCGGAUGAUUACGUAGGAAACCCGGAGGACUACGUGGAUGCGGCUGGAUACGAGGCUCUAUUGCAGAAUCUGGCCGAAGCAGACGGCGGAGGAAGAAAAGGGGCCCCGCCUGCUUCAAAAUCAGCCAUUGUUGCUCUUCAAAGGAUUGAGAUUAAAUCACAGGAAGAGUCCGUGGUAUGCGCUGUAUGCAAGGAAUCGGUAGCUGUGGGAGAGAUCGGCAAGGAAUUACCUUGUUCACAUUUGUACCAUGAAGAUUGCAUUAUUCCAUGGUUAAGUUCAAGGAAUUCUUGCCCUGUAUGUAGGUAUGAGUUGGAGACAGAUGAUCAGGAGUAUGAAGAAGAGAGGAUGAAGAAGAAGAAGACUCAAGAACCCAUUAAUAAAAAUGCUGCUGCUGCUGCUGCUGGCUUAGAACUCGACCCGUCCAGCUCCUCCUCCUCCUCCGGAAGCGCCUGAAACAACUACUACUACUACUACUGUAAUUUACAUCAUAAAAUCAUAUGUCUGAUUGUAAAUAGUCAUUUGCUGGAAAGAAACCAUCCUUGUUUCUCAACCUUGCUCCUCCUCCAUCCUUGCUUGUUCUUGUUUUGUCAGUGUAAGAUUCCAUUCAUCAUCAAUCAUGUGAAAGGCUAUUUGUUUUCAUGAACCACCCAACUAAGAAGAUUAUGAUAAUUUAAAGUUUAGUCUUUUGCAUUCA